CCGGCCCCCAGCUCCGCCCGGUCCCACCCAUCCUUUUAGGCGCCCGCGGGGCUGGGACGUCCCAGUCCAGCUUGGUGCUCCUCUCCCGCCGCCGGUGCGCCCAGUUCGCGCAGUCAGCCCAGUUAACUCGGACCGCACCUCCCGCCAGCCGGCCGGUCCCCCACCGCAGUCAUGGAUGCCAUCAAGAAGAAGAUGCAGAUGUUAAAGCUGGACAAGGAGAAUGCCAUUGACCGCGCUGAACAGGCCGAGGCCGACAAAAAGCAAGCCGAGGACCGCUGCAAGCAGCUGGAGGAGGAGCAGCAGGCACUCCAGAAGAAGCUGAAAGGGACAGAAGAUGAGGUGGAAAAGUAUUCUGAGUCGGUGAAGGAUGCCCAGGAGAAACUGGAGCAGGCUGAGAAGAAGGCCACGGAUGCUGAGGCAGAUGUGGCCUCCCUGAACCGUCGUAUUCAGCUCGUAGAAGAGGAGCUGGACCGGGCGCAGGAGCGUCUGGCUACAGCCCUGCAGAAGCUGGAGGAGGCUGAGAAGGCAGCUGAUGAGAGUGAGAGAGGCAUGAAGGUCAUCGAAAACCGAGCCAUGAAGGAUGAGGAAAAGAUGGAGCUGCAGGAGAUGCAGCUGAAGGAGGCCAAGCACAUCGCUGAGGAUUCAGACCGCAAAUAUGAAGAGGUGGCUAGAAAGCUGGUGAUCCUUGAAGGAGAGCUGGAGCGCUCAGAAGAGAGAGCUGAGGUGGCUGAGAGUAAAUGUGGGGACCUAGAGGAGGAGCUGAAAAUUGUUACCAACAACUUGAAAUCCCUGGAAGCCCAAGCGGACAAGUAUUCCACCAAAGAAGAUAAAUAUGAAGAGGAGAUCAAAUUGCUGGAGGAGAAGCUAAAGGAGGCUGAGACCAGAGCAGAGUUUGCCGAAAGGUCUGUGGCAAAGUUGGAGAAAACCAUUGAUGACCUGGAAGGUUAGGGUUGGACCACCUAGGAUUCCACAGACGCCAGCUGGCUGUGCCUCCUGUUGUAACUACUACACUGCACCAACUGCAGUGCUUCUCAAACUUGAGAAGCCCCCCAGGAGUUUUUAAAACACAGAUUCCUGGGUCCAACUCUGAAGUGCUUGCUUACUUUGGGCUGGAGAAUUUCUGUGUCUGACAAGCUUCCUAGCAAUGCUGUCCUCAGACCACACUUUGAGUAGCACUGAUCUAGACAAUUCUGUCUCUAAGUGCAACACAGUAGAGCUGUAUCACAAGACUUCUUUAUUACAUAGAGAGCUGUUUGGUUUAGUACCUAAGUUUUCAUGACGUUAAUGGAAAAUACUCUUUUAAGCUAGAUAGGGUGAAAACACACAUCCAGGUAUUGCUUGUCUGUUUUUGCUAGUAUUUUGCAUUAUCAUUAGCAAUGCUGUGCCUAAAACUGUCUUCCCUUUUUUAUUCUAUAAUAAUCCUUUCCUUUUUGUAGUUCCUACUCCUCUUACUUCCAGCCUUCUCAGGCAAGCCUCGAUUUUAUGUCCAACUUCAGGACUUCACUUUAGACCUUUCUGGCUCGAGCACCCUCCCCUUGAGGGAAGCACUCCUGCUUAUCCAAAGCCCUGUGCCUCCAGGUCCCUCAGGGAAGUGUAGGAGGAAGUAGGGCUCCAGGGGGAAGAACCAGUGGGGAGCCCAGAGAAGGACAAAAGAGACAGGAGUACACAGAGGGGAGGAGGGAGCCCUGCCCAGCCUGUUCUCUGGCCUUUCUCACUCCAUCUUUGUUCACCUGUCUCUGAUUCUUAUUCUCUUUCCAUUACCCUCUCUCCUUCCUUUCCUCUUUCCCUCCAUUCCCUCUCCCCAUACUCCCACCUGGCUCCCCUUCCCUGGAUCCCCAGAUGAAGUCUACGCACAGAAGAUGAAAUACAAGGCCAUCAGUGAGGAGCUGGACAACG